AUGCCUCGCCAACUAACUAUUACACCGGCACCAUUCAAGUCCUCUUACCUCGCCAUUCCACCCACACCAUUUUCACCACGGCUUCCCAUCAGCCCACUGGCGUUUCCCCCCACAAAGCAGUAUGAUCAAGCAGCAGGACGACGCCGAGAGCAACUUAAAACCACCGUCGAUCUGGUCCCGCCACCUGCAGAUCCUCUGCACUGGCUCUGGCAAUGCCACAAAUGCAAUCGCAUAUACCAAUUAGGCGUCACUCGUCGCUGUCUGGAUGACGGACAUUUCUUCUGCGCGGGAACAACUACCGUGAUCAAGAAGUCUAGGGGCAAAGGGGGCAAAGUCGUGAGGAGACACGCUGCUUGUGCCAGUGAGUUUGACUAUCAAGGGUGGAAAGGUUGGGGUGUCUGGCGAAGAUCUGUAGGAGAGCAGGUCAAUGCCGCUGAGGCCCUGCUGAAAGCUGAGGAGGCCUUUGAGUCCGCUUUUAGGGAGAGAGAUGGCCCUUCAUGGUCAGCCAAUCACUCUCGAAACGGAAGUGCGCAACGGUAUUGGGAGAAGUCUCAAGCAACGAUGCAGAAGGAUUGCUGGGAGAAAUGCGAUUACCCGAGUGAGUGUCGGUGGGGUAAACAAUAUGGCGCCAAGACGCCCACUCCGACUGCUACCAUCCCGCCAUCGCCACCUACUGUAGCCUCAUCAUCUUCAGCAAUCGCAGGGGAAGACAAAGAAGAUCAGGACAGCGAGAGAGAUGAUCCCGCAACGUCUUUUGAAGAGAUUCUCCUGAGCCUUUCACGGUCCGCUACUGGAGGCUCCUCGCCCUCGCCCUCACCUUCUUCUUCUUCUUCUUCUUCUCCUUCUUCUCCAUCUUCCGCAGUCACAGGAGGUGGUGGUAAUAACGGAGGAGAUAUUGCAGACCUUCCCAUUGUACUGGAAGAGCCAUUGCUCGAUUAUCUCGAACCACUCAGUCCAAGACGAAGUCAACGUCAAAAAUCGGUGACGGAAGGCGAAACACCGAUCGUAUCCAUGGACGACUUGCUGGAAAGUGUCAAAAGAAGAAAGCGGAGGAGUUCCGGACAGAUUCCCAGUCCAUUGGGAGCGAACCCACCCAGUCCCGUUUUCAUGGAACCGGAGAUGGACCUGGGUGAUGGUGGUGACGGUGCCAAGUUAGAAAGAUCCUCCAGCGCAAACAAUGCUGCUGUUGCGGCUCGUGGCCAGAAGCACAGCAUCGUUCUGGGAGGGGCCUUACAGCGAGCGUUCGAUGAUCUUGACGUGGGAGUAACGAGUGGUGGCUGGAGUUUGCAGGAGAAAGCUGGUGGCUUUGUGAGAGGGCUGGUUGUGGGUAGUACGAAAAAGAAGAAUAGUCACAAUAGCAAGAGUAGUAGGGGGAAGAGGGACAGUUGA